AUGACGAUGGACAUCAGAGGGGAAUCGGCCUUGCUCUUCAACGUGUACGCACCGACGGAUCGAGAUCAGCGCGAGGCUCUCUUCACCGCGCUCGGUGAGCUGAAACUCGAACAUGAUGGACCUGUUCUCAUAGGUGGAGAUUUCAACUGUACGGUGAGCCCGCGUACAGACCGGUCAUAUCAACCGACGGCGAAUGAUCAGUUCUCACCAGCACUGAUGGCUCUACUACAAAAAUGGAGCCUAGCGGAUGCGCUGGAGCGCGAAGUGCUUGACGCGAACGAUCCAAGAGAAGUGGAAGCCUUCCAAGUGGCACAUCACACUCAUAAGUACACGUUACCAGGGGUAUCCAGUGUGAUUUCAAGUCCAAGUUCGAAUCACGAUGGAGUCUCACCGAAGUUAGCCCCACGAAGUCGGACAAUCCAAGUGAAAAAGCGACCGACGUGCUACCCGGUUCCCGAUUACGCGCUGGAGUGUGCCCAAUUCAUGGAAGCAGAGUCUUUCGAUGAUACAGAGGCUCAGACCAGGUUCAGCUUAUACACGGUCAAUCUUCACGCGCAAAAAGGAUGGCUCACUGGUGGGAUCCAAAAAUGCGGGCCGGAUAUCGACAGCGACUGCGACGUCCUUACUCUAGCCUUGACACAGCAACGCGGUUGCCCUCCAACAACGCUGAGUGCCAAGACUCAGGUGGUACGCAAGCAGGCUGCCUACGCGAAGAAAUCAGUGGCUGUCAAGACAAAUGGAAAGAAUCAAAAGCACGACGUUUGA